AACACUAACGAUUUCCGGUUAAAUGUGUUUUGAAUUUUUUGAACGAGAUAUAAUUAGCCAUGUCCACGCUGUUCCCCUCGCUGCUGCCGCGGAUCACCGAGUCUCUGUGGUUCAACCUGGACCGGCCCUGCGUGGACGAGACGGAGCUGCACCAGCAGGAGCAGCAGCACCAGACCUGGUUGCAGAGCAUUGCUGAGAAGGACAACAACCUGAUGCCCAUUGGGAAACCUAUUUUUGAGGCAGGCUAUGAAGAGGAGGAAGAAGAGGAUGACGAGGAUGAAGAAGACAGCGAGGAAGACUCAGAAGAUGAAGAAGAUAUGCAAGACAUGGAUGAAAUGAAUGACUAUAAUGAGUCACCUGAUGAUGGAGAAAUCAAUGAGGUGGAUAUGGAAGGGCCGGACCAAGACCAAGACCAAUGGAUGAUCUAACACAGAAGACUCUUUGGGUGUCAGUCUACUUGUCCCUGGAUUCCUGGUCCUUAUUUAAAAAGUGACUGCUGUGUUUCCAGUCUGUGUCACAUAUCUGUUUCUUGUUUGUGUAACAAGAGUAAGGAUAUAGGUGACAUACCGCAAGAUAUUUCAGCAGGAGAAUGAAAUAUUUAUAUAUUUUCAAGCUGCAGUCCGUCAGUCUUGACGGAAAGUAUUACCGUUGCUUUCUGGCGCAGAUUUAUUUAUUAAUGUGGGAUGUGUGUGAAGAUACUGCCGUGCAGAUUUUUUUAUCUCUUUAUUUUCACAUAAAACAGAUGGAUACAUUUAACAAUCCCAUCCAGUCAGAACAGCUCCAAACCGGUGAGGUGCACUAACUGACUUAUAAACAGAAGGUUUUGGUUUGUAAGCAGUUUGACGUACACCCCCGCCUGGUGAGAGCUGCACCGAUGGGCCUUUUGAUCUUCCACUUAAACUUUAACCGUGUCAUAUCUUCAGUCAUGUGCUCUUGAGUUUCCAGAGAGCUGAUUGAGCAUAAACAUUGCCCUAGUCAGCAACAUAAUUUGUUACUAAUGAGGAAAUAUUUAAACCUUUUUCUUGACUUUGUAUUUUUUUUUUUUUUUUUUUUUGCUUUUAUCACAAACACUCCUUCAGUAGAAAACUUUUACAUUAAAACCUUUUGAAUGACUUACUCUGAAGUUUAAAGUCAAUUCAGUUACUUUGAGCCGCCAAUAAAAAACAUUAAAUGAAUGAUGCAACUGAUGCAACAUUUUAUAUUAUGGUGAGCAGCAUGAGCCGAAAGUUGACAUACUGUUGAAUGAGCUAAAAGAUUAUAAAGUCAAAGGUCCAUUUAAAUUUGGAUUUGAUACAUUUCAGGAUUCUUUUUUUUUACAUGCCAGUGACUGUUUUCUUAUUUGAUAUUAAAUAUCAGGAACACUUUCAGAGAUAACAUUAGUAGGAGCAACAUUUUCAGUGAAAAUGUGUAUAAAUAAUAUUUCUUUAGACUCUUUCAAACAUCACGUUUUCUUUUAAAACGUUCUUUUAGUCGACUUGAAUCAAUCUUUUCAAAUCUGAUAGUGAUGCUGAACCAUAGAGGCUAUUCAUAAAAGAGGUUUACAUUUUGUUUGAUUUUAUUUUUGCAAUACCUUUCAGCUAAAAUGAAUCUGUACAUUGUUUUCUACAGAUCUUGUGAAUAAAAAGAAAACCUAAUUGGUAUGUAAUGUAUUUUUCCCAAGUGCUUUCUUAAAUCCAUUUGAGGGUGCUGAUGGUAGACUGUUUUUCUUGCGUUAGCAUUAAAUUGUCCUCACUGUAUGUACAGUUAUUUGUCUUCAAAGUUUCAUAAGAAUUUUCUCUAUCUUAUUUUUGUAUUACUUAAAAUGUUGAAUAAACAAAUGCAACGGUUACAAAAUCUAAACUAGAAGCUGACUUUGCACAUCUCAGUAUUCCCAAACAGUUGCCAUGACAUGAAUUAUACCACGGCCACCCUGAAAAUGUGUAUUUCAUUUAGAAUGUGACACCCAGUCUACUUAAUUCCCUGGUACACCAGCUCAGCCAUCCCAUCUCGGAUGCCCUUGCUAUAUUCAAGUGUGGCUCGGUGGACCUUCCAGUCAUACAAGCCGCUUUUGCGGAUGUAUCUGAGGAACUUUGGUGCCCCAGGAAACAGCACAUUGUCAGCCAAAAUCACAGAUCCUUUUCCCAGCAGGCCAGAGCCUUCCAGCAUCUGCAACAGACACAUUCAGAAAGUGAGAGAGCUCCGCAGGGAACAUUGCAAAACAGUGAAACUUAAAAAAUGUUUUUAGCUGAUAAAGUCUUAUGGUAAAUACUAGUACAUGUAAAGCAGAAAAAUAUCUAUUAUUUUCCUAACUGACUGUGUAGACUGGAAAAAUAACUGUAACUGUUUAGAAACAUCGCAGGUCCUUCCUCCCCGCUGCCAUCAGACUGUACAACCAGGCCUGCUCUCAGUGGCUAACGGACAAUAACACGUGCAAUAACAAGAUGUGCACAAACCAUAUGUGCAAUAUCUAUGCAAUAUCUGUCUGUCUACCUCACACUCAUUAUACCUGCUUUUUUUGCACUGUUUUUUUCUUUCGCACUACCUUUACCUAUAUUUUGUAAUUAUAUAUAUUUUUUACUUUUUACUUUUUUACCCCCUUCCCUGCAUGUGUGUGUUAAGUGUGUUCUGCUGCCAACAAGUGAGUUUCCCCAUUGAGGGA